AUGGAUCCCUAUCUGGAGGAGAAGGCCGCUUUCUUCGAGCGCUUUGACGCGUAUCAUCAUAGAGACGCAGACGACACUCUAGGUUUCGAAGAGAGGAUUUAUCGUCAGAAGUUCAGGGAAUUUUCCUCUGCUACCUCGUCUACUCCGGCCAAACCUCCCUGUGUCACGGAUGGCGAUGCUAGCAGGCUUUUCAGUGCCACCCCCGAGAGAAUGAUUUCGGAUCUGAUCCGUAGGGACGAUAGUUACGAUAGCGACGUAGAGAUCAUUGUCGUAGCACCGCGGAGCAGCACCUCUAGAGCCGCAGGACUGGACUCGAUGGCAGAUCAUGCACCAGGAACUGCAACGACCGCAGCUAAGCAAUCGCUGCGCCGCCCGACGCGCCCCUUACUUCGUGGCAGACACUUGAGCCCCCGGAGUGAUUCCCCGCCACCCAAGAAGGGGAAACGCAAGAAAGAUGGAUCAUUGGAGCUGGUGCCCGAAGAGCGACAGAUUUUCAAAGGCCUCUCCUUCUAUUACGUACCGAACGAUGAUAUUGGUCCGGUACGCAAGUUCCAAAUCGGCAAAGCUCGGCAACAUGGUGCAACCUGGUCGAGAGAUCUAGUCGACGCAACGCAUAUCAUUGUCGACAAAAAUCUCGCAUACGCAGAUAUAGAACGCCACCUGCGGGACGUUCCAAAUCUAGCAGGGAAAGUUCUUGUCAACGCGGACUAUCCUAUGGACUGUUUAAGCCACCAUAUAAUUGCGAAUCCAACCCAGCGGCAAUACGCAAUUUCUGGCAUGCCAACAUCUUCUAGCCUGCCGGAAGACGCUGCACCGUCUUUAAGCGAUCCCGAUACCCCUCCACAACCCAAGCCGAGGCGCAAGAAGGCUGUAAGAAGAACUCGUCUCUCCGUGCCAAACACAUCAUCCGAACAAUGUAUGGGUGAGAUAAAGGCAGCCAAUGACGGCAAUGGGUUAGGGGACGAACCAUCCGAUCCCGAUGAUGCUACCCGACCGUCAACUGCGGAUGAAGCCGACGUCUCAUCAGAUUCAGGCAAGCCCCGAAGGAGGAGACUACGAAUAAGACGAGUCCUGGAUAUCGGUAAAAGCUCUGGACAAGUGGAGCUCAAGUGGCAGGAUAAGUUUCUAUGUAUGAAAAGCGGCACUCGAAGUGAGAUGGACAACAAACCCAACGCCGAAACGAUCAAAGUCCUCCAGGAGAUGGCAGACAGACACAGUCUCGAUGGUGAAGAAUUCCGGGUCCGCGCUUAUAGAUUUGCUAUUGCCACUCUCCGGGAGCAGCCAAAGAAGAUUUGCACGGCCGAGGAAGCCCGCGCCCUACCUCACAUUGGCCGAAUAGCAGAAAAGAUCGAGGAAAUCGUUAAUACAAAACAACUAAAGCAGCUAGAGCAGGCGCGGAAUGACCCGGAUAACAAGGUCCUCGCCACGUUUCUCAAGAUUUAUGGAGCCGGCCCAACUCAAGCCAAGAAGUGGAUGUCUCAGGGGUUUCGCACACUCGAUGACCUAGCGAGCAAAGCCAAACUUACUACCAGCCAAAGAAUUGGGCUGGAGCAUCUCGAGGACUUGAAUACUCGGAUCCCGCGGCGCGAAGUGGAUGCCUUGGCCCGUUGCGUUAAGGAGGCGGCCGCCGGUAUCGAUCGUGACGUGGAGCUGAUCAUCGGAGGGAGCUACCGUCGUGGGGCCGAAAGCUCUAGCGACAUCGACCUGCUCAUGACCAAAGAGGGUACUUCCUCGAUAAGACAGCUCUCAUCGUUCUUGGACCGACUUGUCGAAAAGCUGACUCGAGACGGAUUCUUAACCGCGGCCCUCGCCACUCCCCGAAAAGGGGGCCCUGACGCGGGCAGUGGCAGCCAAUGGCACGGGUGCUGCGUGCUACCAAAGGCAGCAUUUCCUGGCCCGAAAGAAGACUACCGGCCGAUAUGGAGGCGUAUCGACUUUCUACUGGUGCCCGAGACUGAGAUAGGAGCGGCGCUGAUUUACUUUACGGGUGACGAUCUCUUCAACAGGAGUAUACGGUUGUUGGCGAACAAGAAAGGGAUGCGGUUAAACCAGAGGGGGCUCUACAAGGAUAUUCUCAUAGACCCAGUGAACCUCAAGAUGAUCGGGGGCACCCUGGUAGAAGCGCGAGACGAGAAGAAGAUCUUCGAGAUCCUCGGCGUCCCAUGGAGAGAACCCCACGAGAGAUGGUGCGAUUAG